AUGGCUCGCAGACUCUGCUUCUCCUACUGGUUCCUUGUCUGCUGCUUGGUGGUAACUGUGGCAGAAGGACAAGAAGGGGUAGUCACCCCUCCUGGAGGCUCCCAAAACAAUGUAGACCCUACAGACUGCCAGAUCUUUACACUCACCCCUCCUCCCACCACAAGGAAUCCGGUGACUAGGAUCCAGCCCAUCACAAGAACACCCAAGUGUCCCUUCCAUUUUUUUCCACCAAGAAAGCCCGGAGUCUACUUCAGGUUCCAGUACAGACCUUUCCUCCCUCCAAAGUGCAACCACCGUUUUCAGUACCAGCCAGUUUUUUGGCCACUUGGUCGCCACAUUCCUCAUUAUAACUAUUUCCCCAGAAGAAAUCUCUGGAGAGGCAGUUCAUCUGAGGAAAGCUGA